CUUACAGCUUUAUGAUAACACGAGUUAUCAGUAUCAAUCGAACGGAUUGGACGGAAUUAUACUAUACAGAGUCAGGGCAAGAGAAGGACACGACGGGAACUCUGAGACUGGGACAAGUUCAUCGCUUCUAUUUAGGAUAAACCGGACAGCCAACUGAGCGCAAAAUUCGUGAGAAUGAGCUGAGGAAAACAUCGUGAAAUCGAGGGUGUAGAGCAAGGUUGAAAGCAAAACCAGUGCCACCUUAUGCCAAACGCCUCCUUUACUAUUAGUGGGAUAACCAUGGAUGAAGUAAACAAUUCAACACGAGACUCUUCAAAUAUACACAAUUCCUCGGCGGUUCAAGAAAAAACAGGUUCACUUGGAUUCUAUGGAACGGACGAAUACAGCACCAUCAUCGUGGCGCUGCUCACAAUUAUAAUAGUGUUUGGCAUUUUAGGUAAUUUAGCCGUUAUUGGAACACUUCUCCAGCGCCAGCGUAUCCAGAAGACCUCUAGUAACUACUUGAUAAUAAACAUUGCCAUUGCCGAUCUCUUAGUCGCUGUCGUAAUUGCUCCACUUCGUUUCGUAGAAAUGUACCAUGGCUGGCCUCUCGGGAAUUUCCUCUGUCAUUUCUUGGCACCUCUGCAAGACGUGAUUGUGUGCGUGUCUGUGGUUACACACACCUUCAUUGCGCUCGAACGAUACCGGGGAAUAGUCCAGCCAUUCAAAGAAAAACUUACCAUUCAGCGAACAAAGCAAGUUAUUGGAAUCAUUUGGCUAACUAGCUACAUUGCAAGUGGGCUUCCUGUGGCUUUUGUGGUAAAGGAAAGCGUCGAGCAUGGACUUCGAGUGUGCAGAAUCCUGUGGCCAUCGGAUCUUUCUCGUCAACUUUUUAUAGUUUACCUAGUCAUCAUAUUUAUAUUCAUACCCUUAGUGAUUCAAACGUAUGCAUAUUCACAAAUUGUCAAAGUAGUGAACUUAGAAAUUACGGCCGUCAGAAAGGAUGAUUACGUGGAAACUCGCGCGGUUAAACUUGCGCAAAGCAGAGCUCGCGUGGUUAAAACGUUAAUUCUGCUUGUUGGCGCAUUUUAUAUCUGUUCCAUCCCUCGUGUAUUUACCUUGCUGAUGUGGGAAUUCGGCGGUGGCCUAAAAACCAACCUCGAUUUCCAUUACGCCAUCACAAUAACUCUGAUUGUGUAUUACCUUAAACACGUGAUCAACCCGUUCAUCAUCUUUGGUACGAGUGCAGAUUUCCGCGCCAGUUGUAGCUACAUAUGUUGUCCAACUGAGUAGGACAACCCCUCCAUCUACACACGCGAUCAAUAACGACCGACUCCUAACAACGGAGAGUCAAUAGUGCAUAUCAUGCACGAAACAAGAACAUCUUAAAAAAAAAAAAAAAAGCAAUAUCUCACUUUUCUGCUGUGGUAGAAUCUUUAUUAUGAUAACAGCUCUCAACAGACGUUUCAAACUGGAGCGCGUUAUUUAGAACCAUAAAGCCAUAGCGUCUUUUAUCAUCAUAGGCGCUAUGAAUCCUACUUUUAACAGGGGUUGAUAACGGAUAUGAAAUCACAUUUGCCACGACCAAAACUAGUGAGUAACGACUGACCAAAACCCACUGAGUUUUGGUUUCACUCGUGGAGACUGCAUUUCGCAUUAGACUUGUGGGGAGUAUGCUCGUAAUGUCCAAUGAAUGAGUGAAAGACUCAGCUUGGAACCGACUUUUGAUCCGCGGGAAGGAUCUCACAAGUUUGGAGUGUCAUAUCUAGUGCUUGUUUUAAAGUCGUGGAAGAGGCUAACUAAGAAUGUAAUUCUUAACGCAUGUUGUCGAAAGGAGAUAAUUGUCAAAUUUGGUUGCCACGACAGUAGCUUUAGGUUAAAGCAUCAUAAUUGUACAGUCGCUUUUAAAAGUCUUAAAGAAAAGCAAAACUUAAUUUCUGUUAACCCUCGCGUUAUUGAGAAUUUUACAAAACAUUAGAAUCAGGCCUUGGUAACGAGAUUUAUUUACUGUAAGAGAAGGCAACUAAGAUAUUUAUUAAGCAGUUGAGGUAAUUAAAAAUAUUCAAAUAUAGGUGAACGAUA